CUCUGUGGCGAAUCUGCUGCUGCCAAUAACGAGUUCCGGCGGAGGUCGGCGUGAGAAGUCCUCGGUCGCUGGCAAACGGGCGUUGCCAGCGGCCUCCGUCUCGGCGCGGAAAGAACCCGGGACUUGCUGAGACCAUGAGCGACUGGAUGCCCAUCGCCAAGGAAUAUGACCCACUCAAAGCUGGCAGCAUCGAUGGCACAGAUGAGGACCCUCAUGACCGGGCUGUGUGGAGGGCCAUGCUGGCCCGCUACGUACCCAACAAAGGCGUUACCGGAGACCCCCUCCUCACCCUGUUUGUGGCCCGACUGAACCUGCAAACCAAAGAGGAGAAGUUACAGGAAGUCUUCUCCCGCUAUGGUGACAUCCGGCGCCUGCGGCUGGUGCGGGACCUGGUGACCGGCUUCUCCAAGGGCUACGCCUUCAUCGAGUACAAGGAGGAGCGGGCCCUGCUGAAGGCCUACCGUGACGCUGACGGCCUGGUCAUCGACCAGCACGAGAUCUUCGUGGACUACGAGCUGGAGCGCACCCUCCGUGGCUGGAUCCCUCGGCGGCUGGGCGGGGGGCUGGGCGGGAAAAAGGAAUCUGGACAACUGAGGUUUGGGGGCCGGGACCGGCCUUUCCGGAAACCCAUCAACCUGCCGGUUGUCAAGAACGAGCCGCCCAGAGAAGGCAAAAGAGCGAGGAGGGAGCGAUCUCGAUCCCGGGACAGACACUGGGAACCCAGGCCCCGGGAGCGGGACCAUGACAGGGGCCGGGAGAAGCGCUGGCCGGAGAGGGAGCUGGCCAGGGCGUGGCCUGAGAAUGAUUGGGAACGCGAGAGGGAGUUCAGGGAGGACAGGGCCAAAGGCAGGGACAAGAGGGACAGGAGCAAGUAGAGCCAGGGGCAGGCUCUGCGGCUCCGAGCCUACCCAGAGGCCCCCGGGCCAUCGGGCUGGGCCAGUUCCCUUUCCGGUACAGAACCCAGGCUCAGGCAGACCUAAGAGCCUGUGCUUUUGCAGUGCUGAGGCUUGAUCUGGAGAGCAGGGCAUGCUGGGCAAUGCUCCAUGGGAGGGGACACAACUGUGUGAGAAGCCACCCGUCCCCUGUGGAAAUACGUUUUCACAUGCUUGUCCUCCCAGCGCUGGGGCUGUGGAGGCGGGUGUCAAACCAGAGAAAGAAGGGAUAAUCGAGACUGUCUUCUUUCUCACACCCUUCGAGGUGGGGUUCAGUGUUGCAGAGGGGAUAUAGUGCCUUACAGCCCUCAGAUAGCCUGGUGUGGUGGCACACACCCUCAUCCUAGCACCGGGGAGGCUGAGGCAGGAGGACUGCGAGUUUGAAGCCAGCCUGGGUCACAAAACAAGACCCCGUCUCAAUAACCUACAAGAACUGAAUGUAACACUGACAUUGGCUCCUGGGGUGCCUUGUCUUUCCCGUCUUCAUGUCCAUGCUUUGCUGAAUUGAAAUAAAAACAGGCUAGAAAAGCCCUGGACCAGAACUGUCUGGCCCGUGAUAACCAGACAGCAUCAGGCUGAGCGUCUGGGUCAGCAGGCAGCCGCUCGCAAGUGGGCAGCAUCACCCCCUCCCUGCAGAAAUGCUGACUGCCUGCUUUCCCCUGGCUGGCAUUUAUGGUGCAAAGCAGUCUCGCAGGGCUGUGAGCUGUAGCCCACGACUUUCAGCCCUCUGAAAGGAGACCUCAGCAGGAGGGAAAGAACAGAAUGGGAGGGCCAGGGUCCUAGACUACCCGGAGCUGGUCUGAAGGGUCAGUGUUCCCUUUUUCUGACUAUCUGGAUUUGGGUCUGCUGGGCAGACUGCUCUCAAGACUUAAAAAAAUUGCCACUGAGGAGCUAGCAAGCUGGCUGAGCAUAAAAGUCCACGCUAUAUGGACUGGAGAGACGGCUCAGCAUCUGAGAGUGCUUGCUGUUCUUGCAGAGGACCUGGGGUUGGUACCACACAGUGGCUUAUACCUGACUGUAAUUCCAGUUCUAGGGGAUCUGGUUUGAUCCCCUCUUCUGGCCUCAGGCACUAGGCAUCUGUGUCAAUAUACAGGCACACAGAGGCAGUCAUAGAAACACACACAGUAUAAUCAGAUCUCUUAAAAAAAAAACAGUCACACAGCCUAACUAAAUCCC